UUUGCGGGAUGCCCGGAGCGGGCGUAUUUUGGAAACAAUACCGCGCGGUGCGCCGUGGCCUCCUCUCGCGCCAGCUCGCGCCUGCAGCAGCCGCUGCCCUAGCUCCUACCACCGCCUCCCGCCGCAGCCCGCUGGAGUUUGCCCCCUCCUUCCCUAUCGAGUGUGGGCGCCAAGCCCCCUGAGUGCUCGUCACCCUGGACCCUGGCGCAGAGCCCUGGCAUCACGACUCGGAGGCUGAGACUCUGUCCUGGAGUCACCCAGGAGAGAUGGAGCCACCGCAGUGUGUGGAGGAGCUGGAAGAUGAUGUGUUCCAGCCAGAGGAUGGGGAGCCAGGGACACAACCUGGGAGCUUGCUCUCUGCUGACCUGUUUGCCCAGAGCCAGCUGGAUUGCCCCCUCAGCCGGCUCCAGCUCUUCCCUCUCACUCACUGCUGUGGUCCUGGGCUCCGGCCCAUAAGCCAGGAAGACAAGGCCACCCAGACCCUCAGCCCAGCUUCCCCAAGCCAGGGUGUUAUGCUGCCUUGUGGGGUGACAGAGGAACCCCAGAGACUCUUUUACGGCAAUGCUGGCUACAGGCUUCCGCUCCCUGCCAGUUUCCCUGCAGGCUUGCCCCUUGGGGAGCAGCCCCCUGAAGGACAGUGGCAGCAUCGAGCAGAGGUACAGAUCGCCAGAAAGCUUCAGUGCAUUGCAGACCAGUUUCAUCGGCUUCAUAUACAACAACACCAGCAGAACCGAGACCGUGCAUGGUGGCAGGUCUUCCUCUUCCUGCAAAACCUGGCCUUGAACAGAGAAGAAAACAGGGAAGGGGCGGGUCCCUGGUGAGGCUGGGUGGCCCUUGUUGGAUGGAGCACCAGGAACGCAGUCUGGAACAGGACAGUCAUCUGGGAGACGGACACUGUCUUGUCGAGUUUGGUUAUUUUUAAUUUU